UUGGUGGAAACAUGUUUGCUUGUACCAUGGAGAUGCACAACAAAUACACGAAAAGACUGACAAGGACUGCUAUAGGAGGGAAGGAGGAGGAAAGACACCAAAUGAGGGCAAGGGAUCAGUUUGGAUUCUGCAGAUUACGGUGAAGAUUUGUGCGACUGUGACCAUGCGUCUGGUGAUUGUCUUCCUCUUGUCUGCCCUGCUUCCACUCUCUCUCUCGCAUGGACGGGACCCCUUCGCUUGGCUGUACACCCGGCAGAACUAUUUUGGUUCCAUGCAGGCAGAUACCACAGGAGGGGAGUGCCCCGAUGAGUGUGACUGCCCCCCCUCCUUUCCUGUUGCCAUGUACUGUGAUGGGCGGGGCCUGACGGCCAUGCCAACCAUUCCCUCCCGUGUCAAGUACUUGUACCUCCAGAACAAUGCCAUCACGGCUGUGCCAGACUCAGCUUUGAUCAAUGCAACCAAUCUGGUCUGGCUCAUGAUGCACCAUAACCAGCUGAUGUCCGAAGCCAUUGGCAAGAAGGCAUUUCUGAAGCUGGAAGGACUGGAGCGUUUGUAUGUACAACACAACAAUUUGACCAGUAUUCCUCCCAACCUCCCCCGCUCCCUGCGAGACCUGAGAAUUAAUCAUAACAAGAUUGAAAAGGUAACACCUGCAGACCUAGAGGGAAUGGAUAACCUCACUAUCCUGGAUCUCCAUGACAAUGCUCUCACAGACAUGAGCACAUCACUGAAGGCACUGAAAUCUCUCACACUGCUGGACAUCAGUGGCAACAAGUUGACAAAGGUCCCAGAGGCUCUCCCUGAACAUCUGCACCAGCUCUACCUGGAGUCCAACUCCAUUGACUCUAUACCAGAGGGCUUCCUGGGCCGUUUCACACAGCUGCAGUACGUCAGGAUGGCCCACAACCAGCUAACAGACAAGGGUAUCCCUCCCAACACCUUUAACGUGACUGGGCUGGUGGAGCUUGACCUGAGCUUCAACAAACUGGAGAGAAUCCCUCCAGUCAGCACCACACUGCAACAUCUCUAUCUGCAAGCCAACCAGAUCAAAGAGUUCACUCUGGGUAGUUUCUGCAGCAUUGUGGAUGUGACCAAUUUCUCCAAACUGCGGACACUGCGACUGGAUGGGAACGAGAUCAGUCGUCAGGACAUCCCCUCAGAGUCAUCCCUGUGCCUGCGGCUGGCUUCCAGCAUUGAGAUCUAACUAACUGUGUGUACGACACAGUUUGUGGCGCUCUGCUCACAAUCAUAGCUCACUUUACAACAUGCACCAUAAUGUGUAACACAUUAGUUUUGUGACAUUUGCCAAAACCAAAGCACGGCUGGGGUUAUGAUAUAAUUGAAUAUUGACAUAAGAUGGCAGCAGUGAAUAUCCACCAUUAAAACCAUGGUGAGAGCAGAGACCAUCAAAUGUUUCAGUUAUUUUUACACCCUUGGGGGAAGCUUUAACAGACUUAAAACAGGUUCUAAAAUGGCCUGGUCGCUGUAUUACAGUAAAAGAGCCUUUAUCCACAAAGUACAGUAGAUAAGCCCAUUAAGAUUUAUGAGCCACACGUGGUGUUUCUUUUUUGCGCAUUGAAAAUAAUCCAAGCCUGAUCCUCUUUAUAUGUUGCUGUGAGGAUCAGUGAUCUUUGUAUUUUGAAGCUAUAGCUGUCUUUAUUUCUCUCUUUCUAUCUCUGCUUUGCUUCAUCUCUUUUAUUUUCGUUUUUUCUGAUAAGCUGAUGGUAAACAGUGUGUAUCAUGUAUGAAGUGAAUUGUAUAAUUACAAAUCAUUUGCUGUCAUAGAAUACUAUAACACUAUACUGUAGUGUCCACUACAUUAAAAUACCUUAUUGCAGUUGGGUGCAUUGUGCCAAAUAUUGACUUUCCUAGUUUUAAAACAUGCUGUGACUGCUUGUUUAUGUAGAGGAUCCUCUUUUUGCACAGUGAGAUCAACUUUCCUUAGAAACAUAGAACACAUCUAUGUACAAUGUGAAAAAUAUCUCCAUACUGUACUGUAGUGAAUGAGACAUACAGAGGGCUUUGGGUAUUAUGAUUCUUGGG